AUGGCUCUGAUAUCUGCCUUCACGAUCAUUCGCGCCAUAUCGCUGUUCCACCUCACAGCUGCCUACAUCUUCCUCACCAGCCCUAGAACAAUCGCGGAUCAAAAUGUCGUCUACGUGCUGGGAGAGGCGAUCAGAGUACCACAUGUGACAUCUCUCGACAAGCCAAACGAAGCAUCAGCCUUUAUAGCGAUACUGUUCGCCUUCAUCGGCCUUGCGGACCUCACGGCAGCGUCGCUCAAUGAAGAGAUUGCGAUCGAGUACUGGCUGUCCAACGUUCCUGUCCGGCUACUGUUCCUCUUCGGCUUAACUGGCUACGUCUACCUGUUCAAGGAGGAUGGCUUGCUCGGCUCUUCGGCUAUCCGCCAGGAAGGCGCUGGCGAGCUCAUCAGAAAUAGUAUGGUCUUCACAUGGGCCUUCGUUGAGACUGCUGCUUGGUUCUGGAUCUUCACAAGUCUCCGAGACGAGAGGCGGGAGAUGGUGCGACGGCGGCUGGAGAAGUUGCGCGCGGAAGAGGACCGGCUGUAA